AUGGGUGGACUAAACGACUCUGUGGUCACUGAACUUGUGUUACUGGCUCUUUCUUGUUCCAGAGAGAAAAAAAUUUUUCUCAUCUUGAUAUGUACUUUGUUUUAUUUAGGGAUAAUCCUAGGAAACCUUCUCAUUUUGUUUUUGGUAAUUUUUGAUUCUCGUUUACAAUCUCCUAUGUACUUCCUCCUAGCUAACUUGUCACUUAUUGACGUGGGCCUUUCCUCUACAACGAUUCCCAAGAUAAUCACAGAUCUUCUAAAUGAAUACAAUGUCAUUUCUUUCCAAAACUGUAUGACACAGAUAUGCUUCAUCCACAUCAUGGGAGGGGUGGAAAUGGUGUUACUCAUUGCCAUGGCGUUUGACAGAUGUGCAGCAAUCUGUAAGCCUCUUCACUACUUGAAAAUCAUGAACCCUAAAACAUGUCUUUCAUUUGUACUCACUGGUUGGGUAACUGGGGUGAUCCAUGCUAUGUCUCAAUUUGGUUUUGUAAUAAACUUGCCUUUCUGUGGGCCUAAUAAAGUAGACAGCUUUUAUUGUGACUUUCCCAAGAUCAUAAAACUUGCAUGCACAGAUAGCGCCAAGUAUGAGUUUAUAGUUACUGCCAACAGUGGCUUCAUGAGCACGGGCACCUUCAUCCUGCUUAUCCUUUCCUAUGCCUUUAUUUUAAUCACUGUCUGGAAACGUUCUUCAGGAGACUUAUCCAAGGCCUUUGUCACUUUAUCAGCUCACAUCACUGUGGUUUUUUUGUUUUUCACUCCAUGUGUGUUUCUGUAUGCCUGGCCUUCUCCUCCACCAUCACUUGAUAAAAAUCUGUUCAUUGUGGACUUUGCUAUUACUCCUGUUUUGAAUCCUGUCAUCUAUACACUAAGGAACAAAGACAUAAGGGUAGCAAUAAAAAGACUACUCAAAAAGAGACCUUAUUCCAUAUUUUGUUGA